AAAAUAAAAUCAAGGAUAUAAAAAGAGUCGGCUGCUGAUCAGCUCUCAGACAGAACUGCUCCUCCACAGAAUCGCUUCACUACAGAGCUUCUUUCAAGCUUGAUCCAUUCAUAUGGAGACAGCAGAGCACAAAAUCUACAGUUAGCCUGCCUAUCAACUCAACACCUGAUGGUAAAAUGGACUUCCUGACUCUGAUCUAUAUCUGUAUAUUAUACAUUGCACUACUACUGAUAGGCCAAGUCUUCUCACGUAAACCCCAGGAGGGAACCCGUCAGAAUCCAGAGGAAAGCCCAACAGAUAAACCAGAGACAAACAAUCAGUCUGAGUGUGAUAAUAAAGAGUCCACUCCCACAAAGAAGGGAACCAGCACUGGAGAUAAAUCUGAGACUCUUGAUGGAAAGACAAGAGAAGAAACUUCAUCAACAUUUGCUGAGUCUGAUGACAAACCAAAGGGGGGCACAGAGGGUGAAGAGACAAGAUGCAUCAAUAUUCAACACAACAGUGAUGAUAAAGUUUCCACUCUCAGAAUGGAGGGAAGCAGCACUGAAGAUAAAUCUGAGGCUCCUGAUGGUGAGAGAGGAGAGGAACCUGCAUCAACAUCUGCUGGGUCUGAUAUUGAUGAACAAAAAGCUGGUACAGAUGAUAAAGAGACAAGCUGCAGAAAUAUUCAACACAACAGUGAUGAUAAAGUUUCCACUCACACAAUGGAGGGAAGCAGCACUGAAAAUAAAUCUGAGGCUCCUGAUGGUGAGAGAGGAGAGGAACCUGCAUCAACAUCUGCUGGGUCUGAUAUUGAUGAUCCAAAAGCUGGUACAGAUGAUAAAGGGACCAACCUGAAGACGCUUUUGGAGGAACUGGGAUUGGACCAGUUCUACCAGGAGAAACUGUCACUCAGCAACAUACUGGAGAUCAAUGAGAAGACCACCAAAGAUGAGUCUUCACAAUGUAAAUCUGAUCUUCCAUGGUAUUUUCUUAAGAAACUGAUGGCAGUGAAUGUAACAGCUAGAAAGAUAAAAUGCGCCUCAGAUUCCAAGUCCAACAAUGAUGAUACAUUAAGGGAUCAUUGUGAUUUUAAUGAUCUAUUUGUCUGUAAUAACAUGAAUGACUCUCUAAAUCCUCUUGAUAUAAUCACUGCUCUCUUCCUGUGUUCUGAUGGGUUUGUUCAUCAAGAACUGGCUCUAAAAAUGUCCAUGUGUCAGUUCUCUGUUCCUCUGCUGCUUCCUAACUGUGAUACACAGCAGUGCACCCUCAUGCUGUGGGCCAUGAGAGACAUUGUUAAGAAGUACAGACCUUCAGAUCUUGUAGAAUCAAAAGGCUUCAUGGAAGAAAGAAUAGUUCUUUCUGAACUUCCAAUGAUCUCAUUUGUGAGACUGGGUGAGUGCUCUCUGUCCAAAUCAGAGAUUCUCAAUAAGCUUCUGAGUAACUCUGAGCAAUACCAUGACACCUUUGUUCACCGUGACAUGGAGUGUGGAGACAUUGAGAGAAGAAUAUCCAAUGGACUGACUGAACUGACCUGGUACCUUCCCUGUGGAAACAAAAACAUGGACAUCUUCAGUGAACCAGUUGCUAUAGCUAACCUUCGUGGAGACAUUGCUUCAUUUGAAACUCAAUUCUCCUUUUUGUGUCAGACAUCUGCUGCAGUUUUUGUUUUCUUUGACAAGCUGGACUCUGACUGCAAACUGCUGAUGAACAAAAAUCACAAAGCUCAGAUCUUCUUAGUGGGAAACCAACAAAGCAAGAGUCUGACUCCAGAUGUUUUGAAGAAAGUAGCAACCAGUCUGGGCUUGACAAAAAACAAUAUAAUCAUAAAAACUAAACAAACAAAUGAUGCAGAUUUUGUCAAAUCUUUGAAGAAAACUGUGAUUACUGUACUUGCCAACCCACAGUUAAAGAUGUCAGUAGAGCAGAUGGCUGAUGUUGCUCAUGAACUGGGAGUUUCUGUUGAUGAAGAUUCUCCAGAGGGUCAGGAGGGAAAGAAAAAUGCAGAUGCCAUCACUGCAGAGAUUAAAGAUACUUUUCAAUUCAAAGAAAAUCAGUUUCCUUUACAAGGUCAAAUAUGGAAGGAACUGACUUUCUUGGAAAAGGAAGAAUUUCGUCUCCGAAAAGUUGGUUCUGAAGACAUAGAAAACUACAAGAGCAACCUUAAAGAGAAAAAAGAAGCGCAACGUAAAAAACAAAACUCUUAUACAAUGUCCAAAGCAAUGAGAUGCUUCAUUACUGCAAUAUCCAGCCAACAGAGAGAAAGGUGUUACUUUCUGAAAUGGCUAAGAAUGAACCUCGACAACUUGUCUCGAAUCAAACUUUCUGUCCUCAGGGAGCUUUACAAGGAAAAAUGCAAAGACUCUGAGAACAAAGAAGAGAUAAAAAAAAUUGACCAACAACUUUCCAACAGCUCACUGGGAGUUGAGCACUUCUUCCGAGAAAUGGGUCAGAUCUAUGAAGCUUCUCUUUACCUUCCAGAAACAGAUCCAUCACGUCAACAACUGCAACAUCUGCCCAAACUCUGUGCUCAGUUGUUGUUGGAUGGAUUUCCUGUUGAGCUUGUAGAUGGAGAUGCUUCCAACAUUCCUCUCAGAUGGGUGAGUGAUGUUCUCUCUCAGCUCAAUGACUUGGUGUCUCCAAACAACAAGAUACGGGUCGUCACAGUUCUUGGAGUUCAGAGCACAGAGUCCACUCUCCUUAACACCAUGUUUGGAGUCCAGUUUGCAGUCAGCAGUGGUCGAUGCACUAGAGGUGCCUUCAUGCUGCUCAUCAAAGUCAAUGAAGACUUGAAGAAAGUUCUCAACUGUGACUUCAUGAUGAUCAUCGACACUGAAGGCUUAAAGUCACCAGAGCUAGCACAGCUGGACAACAGCCAUGAGCACGACAAUGAGCUGGCAACACUUGUUGUUGGGCUGAGUGACAUCACCAUUAUCAAUAUUGCCAUGGAGAAUUCAACAGAGAUGAAGGACAUCCUGCAGAUAGUGGUGCAUGCUUUCCUCAGGAUGAAGGAGGCCAGCGGAAAAAAGCCUCAAUGUCAGUUUGUUCACCAGAACGUUUCUGAUGUUUCAGCCCAUGAGAAGAACCUGAGAGACAGGAAGCUGCUGUUAGAACAGCUGAAUGAGAUGACCCAGGCAGCAGCUAGAAUGGAGAAGAAAGAGGAAUACAAGAGCUUCACUGAUGUGAUGGAGUAUAAUCCAGACACUGGGAACUGCUACAUUCCUGGACUCUGGAAUGGAAACCCACCAAUGGCUCCAGUCAAUGCAGGAUACAGUGAGACUGUCUAUGAACUCAAGAAAAACAUCAUCCAACAGCUGGGAAAGUGUGGCUCAACUUCUAAUGACAUCUUGGAGUUCAGAGAGUGGAUAACCAGCCUGUGGAACGCAGUAAAACAUGAAAACUUCAUCUUCAGCUUCAGAAACAGCCUGGUGGCUGAUGCUUACAUGAGGCUCUGCACAGAGUACAACCAAUGGGAGUGGGAGUUCAAGAAGGAAAUGUACAAAUGGGUUACCAAUGCAGAGACAAGAAUUUCUAAUUUUGGUUCAUUUACUGCAACAUCUGAAAUAUCUGACAUGAAUGAAUUCAUCGCUGAGUUGAAAAGUGAAGCAAUCACAGAGCUGAUCAAGUGGGAGACAAAGAUCCUUGAAAACCUGAAGAAAUACUUUGAGCAGCCAGAAGGUCAUGUUUAUCUGGUUGAAGGAUACAGAGAGGAUUUCUCCAACAGCAUCAAGAGUCUUAGACGAGAAACUGAAAGAUCAAUGUUCAACCAGAUCACAGCAGCUGCUGAUAUUAAGAAGGGAUUGAAAGAACUUGAGAAAAUCAAGGCCACUUAUAGAGAAACAAUUGAGAAAGCAGUUUGUGAUUUAAUUGAUGAAUGUCGUAAGAAAAAGGUUCAAAUGACUGACAGAGAGCUUGAUGAAAGUUUUGAUAAGAUGUGGACUGAAACACUGAACAGUUUGUCUUUUUCCGAACAACAGACAAUAAAUAUCUACACCAGUGUUUCCCAUCAGUUACAAACAAAUCUUUCACACAAAGGAAGCCAUGCAUGUGAACUGCUGAGUGAAAAAAAACUCAAAAACUGUGGACUGGAGCCUUUUACAUACAAACCUAAAGGAGUGAUCAAAAACAUCAAAACUUUUUUUAAAGGAAUUUUGACCUUGACGGAUCUAAUAAAGGCAAGACAAGAAAUUGCUGACAGGAUUAUUUCAGCUUGUGAUGACCAUGUUAGUGAUAAAACCAAGAGAAAAACCAAUUAUCAUGAUACUUACAUCCAGGAGAUUCUUCACUUCAUUGAUGAGAAGCUGAACAAAGCUGAUGUUGACACAGACAUUGAGUUUGAAGUGUCUCUGAAACAACACAUCUGUGGAUCUGCAGCCAGAAAGUUUCAGAAAAUGCAUGAAGAUUUUAUCCAAGAAAAUGAUCCUUAUAAAUGUUUGCAGAAAAACAAAGAAAGGUUUUGCACAGAUUUCAAAGAUGUGUUUCAAGAAAGAGACCAAUGCCAGAAAAAAGCUGAAGAAUUCACAAACCAAAGUCUGAAACCUGCUGUUGAAAACUUCAUCUAUUCUUCUCUUGGUCCUGAUAUUGUUGACAAAAUGACGGCAAAACUGGAGUUCAGCACACGAAUGUCCUUCCAGUAUUACAUUUUACUGGAUCUGAUUUCUAAAAGUGACUUUGAAAGCUUUAAGAGCUACAUUUGUUCAUAUGAAACUUAUGUAAAAUCAUGGACAUCUAAAAGAAUUAAGGAGUAUUUCUCCUCUGGGGAGACAGUUUAUGAGUUGGAGGACAAACAUCUUAAGUUCUGCAUCGACCACAUAAAUGAUGCCAUAAAAAAGGCAAACACAGAAAACACUGACAGUCUGAAGACAUUUGUUGUCAAGAUCUGCAGAGAACUUGAUGAUAAACUGGUAAUUUCCCAGGAUGCUCUUGAUGCCUUCAUGGUUCUGAACAAAUCUGACCAGGAACAGUUUGCUCACUGGCUCAACAAGUGUGUGGAGGACAUGAAAGAAACUCUUAGAGGAGAGUUUGAAAAGAUAACGUUUGAAACACAACUCUCACGUCUCCACAUGAAACCAGAGAAUGAGUUUUUUAACAGAGUGAUUGGUUGUGGCAAACAGUGUCCAUUCUGCAAAAUACCCUGUGAUGCUGGUGGAGAACACACUCAACACUUUGCUUCUUUGCAUCGACCAAAUGGAUUAGGUCAGUACAGGUGGGAAGACUCAAGAAAACUCAUGACUGAUAUCUGCUCUUCUCUUGUUACCAGUGACUUAACUUUUCACUGCAGUGACACAAAGGGUGAAUAUCAUCCUUACAAAGAAUAUAGGCAAAUUUACCCAGACUGGAAUAUUCCUCCAGAUGUGAGCCUUGAGGCGUCAGAUUAUUGGAAAUAUGUGAUGAACAAAUACAACAAAUUUGCUGAAGUAUAUAAUGCAAAUGAUGCUGACAUUCCUGAUACUUGGAAGAAAAUCACAGAAGAACAGGCAGUAAAAAGCCUCAAGGAAUCAUUCAACAUCAAAUGAAACAAUAAUUCAUGUUUAGUUGUAAACACAAUUGGUUCUUGCAUGUAGAGAUUUUUUUGUCCUUUUUUUGAAAGGCCAAAUUCACACAUUGGACUCACCUCUUUAACGAAAGUUAAAAUAUAAACAACUUCAUCUUAAUUUACUGAAGAUCCUUAUUUUCUUUAUUGAUCAUUUAUAAUUUUAGCAUUUUGUUAUUCUCUUAUUUUAUUAACUUUUGUAGCAACAUAUCUUGUCUGAAAAUAUUUUCUCUUGUUGAAAGAUUUUAUGUUUGCUACCACAUUAGAUGGAUAAUUGGAGAGUUUCAGUACAAAUUUAUUGUUCAUUGUUAAUGACUUAAUGCGAUCAAUUCUCCAUUAUCAUGACAUCAUUCAGUGGAUCAUUGCUGCAAAGUCAAUCACUGGAUCAAUUUACUGAGUUUCCUUAGAUAGAAAAGUUUUAUCAAAUUAAAUACCAAUCUGAACGCAGCUGAUUGGUCAAAUUAGAAUUUAUUUCAUUUUAAAUCUGACGUGGUUGAACUGAUUAUGUAUUUCUGUAUAUUAAAUGGAUUUGGUUGAGAUUACAUUUGCUAUGAAUUAGUGCGAAAACAAUAAACUUCACUGAAUUAAGAUUGAUGUCAAGUUAUUUUUGUUGUGAUUAUUUUGCUGUAUGGUUGCAG